AGCGCGGAUUGGCUGGAGUUGCGGGUGGUGGAGCUGACCCCCGGUAUGGUGUACCUGGGCACCAACCUGCAGGAGGCCACCAAGCUGCUGCAGGCACACGAGGAGGUCCUGGCCAAGCUGCAGAGCAAGCAGAGCCCCGUGGAAGACCUUCUCAAUCAGGCAGACCAGCUCAUCUCUACGCAGCACCCCCGCGCAGAGGUGUAUGCUGCUAUGGCAGAGUCUCUGGGCCUCGCCUGGAAGGACCUCAACGCGCAGCUGGAAACGAGGAAAGAGAUUCUGGAGAUUGGGCGUCACUUUCCACACGAAAGCCCAGCAGUACAGCGAUAGCAUGGACGCCGCCGAACGAGCUUACACCGACAAUGUGAUGCCUAACGACGCCGAGGAGGCCAGACAACUCCUUAGCCUUCUCCACGACCACAAGCGGGCGGUGCUCGAGGCCUCCAUGCACACCCUGCAGGAGGCACAGACGCUGCUGGGGCGGCUCAGAAAUAUGACCGCCGAAGGGGCUACGCUGGACUCCCGGCCCCUCCAGAUUAGGACCAAUAUUGACUUCGCCUGCUCCCAGAUCGAGCACUACCUAGAGUCCCUUCACGAUAGACGAAGGUUCCUAGACGGUCUCUUCGCCGCCAGGAAGCACCAUCUGGAGCAGUGCCUCGCCCUGUGUCUGCUGUACCAGGACCUGACGGAGGCAGUGUCGUCCCUCAAGCAACUGAGGGACGAGGUGUCACAACACCAGAGUUUGGGAGAUUCACAGAGCAAUGCUGAGAUCCUCCUCCAUGAACACCUGAAGAGGGAGGCAGCAGCUAAGGAACAGCAGGACAAAUGUAUUCACCUGCUGAAGACUGCCGAGGACAUGGCCUCUGGUGGUCACUAUGCUGGGCUGGAGGCACGGUCCAGGGCAUACUCUGUGCUGGAGGCUGCAACCGCCCUCCAUGAGACCUGUGAUACCCGCACAGCUCUCCUGCAGCAGGCUAUCCUCUUCUUCAAGCUGGCCCAGACUGCCCUCACCAAGCUGGACCAGGCAGAGGUGCAGGUUGUCAGCAUGGGUGGUGAGGGAGCUCAGCGUCUGUCCCUGGUGGUGGGCGUGGUGGAGGAGGCAGUGCAGCCAGCGCUGACAGAAGGCUAUGGUAUCCUGGAGGUCACUGGAGGAAAGAACCAGCCGCACAACAUGGGCAUUUCACAACUGGUGGAUGAGCUGGAGCGCCGCCGCGCUCAGCUGUCAUCCACCUGCGUUUCCAGCACAGAGCAAGUCCUGCAGCGCACAGAACUCUCUAAUGCCUUCCUGGAACAGCACAAUGCAAUUGAGUCUUGGCUGGUGCGCAUUGGUGAUGCCUUCCUGCAGGGACACCAGGACCCUGGCGGCUCCCUCAGUCUGGCCAAGGACUUCCUGCACCUCCACCAGACUCUCAACCGUGAUGUGGUGGAAAAGAAGGGUGAGAUUGACUCCCUUGCAACAUUCCUUGAGAAGCUGCUGCCUGAUCUGUCACUGGAGGAGGGCGCAGGAUUCAAGGACAAGCUGCAGGCACUCUAUGACCAUUGGGAAGCACUCAGGAAACUGCUUGAUGCACGCAUAGGUAUUAGUGAAAAGUACGUCAAGUUCCAUGAGGAUGCUGAGGCACUGAAUGGGGAGUUUGAAUCCUUUGAGCUUCUGCUGAAGGAGGCAAAGGGUGAGGAUGAUAUGGAUCUGGUGGAGGCCAAGUGGGAGCAGCUGCAGAAGCACUACUUGGACCUCUGCAACACUGGGAAGGCUUUCUGUCAGGAGGCCAAGAAUGUGAACGACCCAUACCUGGACACGAAUCGAGCCAUCCUGUGCGUGGAGAACAUCCUGGACCACCUGGGCAAGAGACGCUUGGUGAUCACCGACCUCCACUCCCACUUCCACAUGAAGCUCACCACCACCAAAGAGAUGACAAUGCUCUUCAACACCUACAGGGACAACAUCAGGAAGAUGCAAAAGGAGAUGGCAGAGAUGGAGAACAGCUUCUGUCCACUGCUACGAGGUGACUGCACUGACCCUGAUGGCAUGGCCACCACCCUGGAGGAGCGACUCAACAUUUAUGUCUCAGCAGUGAAGAAGACACAGGAUGACAUUCAGGAGAUGAUGACAAGGGCAGAGGUCAUGUCCUACAAAGGUGAUGAACCAGGGCAGAGGGAUGAGGUGAUUGGCUCCCUGCUGCAGCUGUACCAGAGCCUGCAAAACAAAGCCACGGAGUACCAGAUCCUUGGACACAUGCUCAUCCAGUGGUGCCGCAACAUUGCUGAGAUCCAUCGGUCAUGUGACAAGCUGGAGAAUCAGUUUGACGCCGUCAGCCUUGAUAUUGGUGGUGUGGAGGCGCAGCUGCGAGAACACGACGCCUCCAAACAAGCAGUGGCUGAGCUCCUCAAGUUUGCUCAAAAUGAAGCUGAUUCCAUUAUGUCAAAGAUUAAGAAUCAGUGUCCCCCUGAGGCUGGAGCGCUCGACAUUGCCACCAUGGAGGAGCUGCUGGUGCGACGCGGGAGAGACUUUGAUGUAGUGUGGACGCAACAUCAAAAGAUGUUGGAGCGGCAACUUAAGCGCUCUCAAUACCAUGUUGACCUGCAGGUGAUCAGUGACCAGCUGCGUGAUCUGAGUGAACAGCUGAGCCGUAUGCGAGGCCAUUAUGGUGACUCCCUGGCAGCAGCCACCAGCAUGCAGGGCGCCUUCAACCAGUUCGAGCAGACUGUGGAUGCAUUGGAGAAGCGCAUCCAGUCCUUUGUCUCCACCACCACCAAGAUGCUGGGUCCUGAGGAUGACUCUGGGGAGGUGAAGGAGGACCUCGCUGAGCUGGAAAAGAAAUGGUCCACUUUCCAGAUGCAGGUUGGACAGGCAAAGAAGUCCAUUGAACUGUCUAUUGUGUUCUUUAAGUUGGUGGAUGAGGCAGAGGACUGGUUCAAGCAAGGCACCAAUCUUCUGGUUGAGGUUGCUGGGGAGACUGUGAACAUCAAGAACCCUGAGCAAGCUGAGUAUCUAAGGUCUCGCAUUGAGCAUUUCCUCAAGCCAGGGGAGGAAGCACAGCAGGAGCGAAUCACCCACAUUGCAUCCCUUGCCCAGGAACUGUAUGGCGACGCAGUGCCUAAGCCGGUCGAAGUUAUGAGCCACCAAAACACUCAGAUAGUUGAGAGUUUGACUGUCAUCAUGCGAAAUCUGAAUUUGAUGGUGGAGAACCUUAAGGCCGCUGAGGAUCUCAAUGAGACACAGAAGAAGGAGAAGGAGGAACUUGCUGCCUCACUGGCAGCAGCUCAGGCUGAGGCUGAGGCUGCUCGUCUGGCGGCCCUGGCAGCAGAGGAGGCCAGGAGGGCGGCUGAAGAAGCUGCAGAAGCAAUGGCUAUUCCUAUUGAACCAAUUGUCCCUGAAAAGGUUGAGAUUGAGAUCCAAACAGAGGCCAUUCCUCUUCCGCCUGAGGAGGAGGCGCCAAAGAAGGAGGAGUCCCCUCCACUUAAAAAGGCAAAGAUGAUUGAUGAGGAGCCAGAGCCGAUGGCGCCCGUCUUCCUCACUCCCCUCGUGGGUGCCACUGUCACUGAGGGAGUCAAAUUCACCUUUGAGUGUCGGGUUCUUGGGAUGCCCAUGCCGGAGGUGGAGUGGCUGAAGGACAGCAGGCCUGUCACUGACAACCCUGACUACAAGACGAGCUAUGAGGAGGGAGUUUGCACCCUCACCAUUGAGGAGACUUUCACUGAGGACUCUGCACUCUUCAUCUGCCGAGCUGUCAAUGGAGCUGGCAUUGCUGAGACCUCUGCCACUCUCACAGUCAAGGAAGCUGAGCCAGUCGAGGUUCUUUCCCCACCAACUUUCACACACCGCCUUGAAGACACAAGCACACAGGAGGGCUCGUCCUUCCAGCUGGAGGCCACUGUGGAGGGCAAUCCACUUCCCACUGUCUCCUGGUCCAAAAAUGGCACUUGUAUUGAUGAAUCUCCAGACUAUGUCAUCACCUUCAACAAUGGGGAGUGUCUGCUGAGGUUUGAGGAGGUGUUCCUGGAAGAUGAGGCUGACUACACCUGCAGAGCCACCAAUGAUCUGGGGGAGGACACCACCAAGGCUCGACUCACUGUCACUGCCAUGGAAGUUACAGAACGACCCAAGUUUACGAUGCCACUGAGCAAUGUGAUGGCAAGGGCUGGCCAGAAGUUCAAGCUUGAGUGCCAAGUGACUGGCCUGCCCACCCCGACUGUCACUUGGUUCCACAACAACAAGCCAGUCAAAGAAACCCCCGACUGUAAGAUCACCUUUGAUGGCAGUGUUGCCACCUUGGUGAUGGCUGAGGCUUUUCCCAAGAACGCUGGCAUGUACACAGUGGUGGCCAAGAACUCUGCAGGGGAAGGCAAAUGCUCUGCCAAUGUGUCUGUCAAGGGCCGCAUUCCAACUGAGACGAGUGACUCAGAGGUGACAUCAGAUGUUGAUAUAGAGCCAGUGAAGCCAUCUGUGCAGUUGGCACUCAAGGACACCACCGUCACUGAGGGCCACAGUGCCAGGCUUGAUUGUGUCAUUGUGGGACAGCCUGAGCCAGAGGUGAUAUGGUACCACGAUGACACGCCUGUCAAGGAAUCCAGUGACUUCAAGUUGCUGUUCCAUGGUGACCGCUGCUCCCUGGUGAUCCAUGAGGCCUACCUGGAGGAUGCCGGCAUCUACCGAGUGGUGGCUGUGAACUCUGCUGGCGAGGCAUCCACUGCUUGCUUCCUCAAUGUGGACCCUGCCCCAGAGCUGCCCCCGCCACCCCCUGCCCCCGAGCAACACACUGUUGUGGCACCAAGGUUUUCACUGCUGCCGACAGACCAGCAUGUAGUGGAGGGCAAGCCUGUCACCCUACGGGCUGCUGUCACUGGCCACCCCCGGCCCACUGUGGCCUGGUACAAGGAUAGUAUGCCACUCCAGCAUGAUAAUGACCUGCAGAUUCAUGAGAGUUCAGAUGGCAGUUUAAGUCUGACGGUUCAUGCCACAACCUUGGACCACACUGGCCAGUAUGAGGUUGUGGCGUCAAACAGUGCUGGCACAGCCAAGAGUGUGGCGUAUCUCAGCAUUGAGCCGCGGCUGCCCACACCUCCCCCAACAGAUGACACUGAGCCUCCAGUGUUCACUAAGCUCCUCAAUGACACUGUUGUCACUGCUGGCAACAGUGUUAAGUUUGAGGCAGAGGUGACAGGCGUGCCAGCCCCCACGAUCACCUGGACCUUGAAUGACUGUCCCAUCACGGGGCAGGAGUACCAGCGUGGCCACCUGCAGUACGUACUGGGGGGCACUGGCAACAAGCACACACUGGAGGUGCCUGUCACAUCGAUGAUGCAGGCUGGCAGGAUCGCCAUCAUUGCCGAGAACCCCGUAGGCAAGGCGGUGUCUGCUGCUGCACUCAAAGUGGUUGAGCCCCUGGUGCUAGUGACGGAGGCAGCCAUGCCCCAACACGUGCGGGAGGAGAGCCAUGUCUCCACCACCUCCUCCACUUCCACCAGCUUCAAGCAGUCCAUGGUGGUGGAGAGCAGCAGCUUCACCAGGGUUGUCACCUCUGAUGGCGUUGCCGAUGAGAAGAAGCACUCCACCACCUCUGCCGCCUCCUCACAGGUCCACAUGGCCACAGGGCAGCCCACUCUUGAGCUCCACAGCGCCCGCCUGCAGGAGGUGAAGCAAGAGGGUGAUGCUCCUCCGGUGAUAUCAGACAAGAUAAGCAUGAUCAAGAAGGAAGGUGAAGUGGUGACGCAGGAGAUCUCUCAGGACACUGGUGCUGUUCCUCUCUCGCCACCACCACAGCAGAAGAAGAUCAUGGCGGCCAAGAAGAGGUCGUCUCCUGCCCGAUUUGUGUCACCAAUGCAGGGAGUCAUCACCAAGGAGGACAAUCAAGUGGUGCUGGAGUGUGUUAUUGAUGGCCAUCCCGAACCAGCAGUGACCUGGACUCACAACGGUGGUCCACUGAGCAACGAUGCCAUGGUGGAGACACGACUCAACAAGACAGUACUGACUAUCCCCAAGGUGAAGCAGAGCCACUCAGGCCACUACACUUGCUUUAUCGAGAACGAUGCCGGCUCAGCCCAGUGCACUUGUGACGUCAUUGUGAAGAAGACCCAGUUCCCUCCGGUAAUUUCGAAACGGCUGCAGCCCAGGGUGCUUGGUGUCAAUGAACGGCUGCACCUGGAGAUCGAUGUCACUGGCACGCCCUCACCUACCAUCACCUGGAGCAAGGAUGGCCAGCCCCUGACGCCCAGUGACCGCGUGGCCCUCAAAUCAGAGGGAACCAGGCACAUCCUUGUCAUCCAGCAAGCUGAGCCAGGAGACUCUGGUCGCUACGGUGUGAUGGCCACAAAUGCUGCUGGGCGUGCAGAGUCCCUGGCAGAUGUGAUGGUGACACCGCUUGUCAUGGACAAGGCGCCGCCCACACACAAGAUCGCCUUCACUGAUAUCAGUGAUGACGCCAAGAAGACUAUCGAAACUCAGGAAGAAGGCCUUGUGAAAACUAUAAAGCGAACUAUAGAGGAAGUGGCAGUUGAGGCUCCCUCACCUGCCUCCCCAUUAAAGAUCCAGAAGGCUCCUGCCCAAGAGCCUUCUGUUGUAGAAGCUCCUAGUGACCCCCAGGCCCCUCCCCCAGAGCCCAUUCUCAAAGAGGAGGUUGAAGUCAGAUCUCCUCCAGGGAAGCUGUCAAUGGUGUGGCCUCCUCCACCAACAGAGUCUGAGAAUGUUGUCCCCAAGAUUGACACAAGUGUUGAAAUAACCUCUGCUAAUGUGUCCUCCAUUAUUUCUUCCUUCUCGGCCAUGGGUGAGGAGCAGGAAUAUACCAGCCAUGCUCCUCCCAGGGAGAUCUCCAGGCCCCAGCAAGCUGCUCAGAUUGCCACUGCCAUGGAUGUUGACUUACAGCCAGAGCCAGCACCAGAGUAUGGUGUUAUGGCCGACUCAGAGCCACAGAAUAAAUCAGAGCCACAGCCUGAGGAACCCUCUCCGGUAACUGUUGAGGAGUCACUUGUUCCUGAACCACAGCCAGUAUUUCAGGUCAUGCCACCAGAAACUCCUGCCUUCACAGACACUGAGCUUCAGGUGAUGGAGGAGUACCAGCGCAUCCAAGUCCCCAAAAUAGAGACCCACAAGGUUUUGUCUCCUGUCCCAGAAGUCAUCCCUGAGCCAGCGCCCUCCCCAGAGCCUCCCAUCUCCCAGCAGGUUGUCACAGUGGAGGAGACCCGCCAGGAGUCUCCUCCCUCUGAGCCACAAAAAGUAAAGGAAGUGAAGACAGAGACCAGCACAAUAGAAACAAACAUAAUAGAGUCUAAGAAGUCAAUGUCAAAGACGAGCUAUUCUGUUGUGGAGACAAAAAUGUACACGACUGGUGGUGUGACCAGCCCCAUUGAGGAGGCACAGGGUGUCAGUACAUCAACAGUGGUGGUGGACUCAGUUGUUCAGCCAGUCAUGUCAGAGGUUGUUGCUGUGCCUGAACCAAUGGUGGAGGCCAGAGCUGAACCCAUCAUUGUGGAUGACUUGAUGCAGUAUUAUGUUCCUGAGUCUGAACAAGUCAUUGAGUGUGUUCCUGCACCAAAACCAGCAGAACCCCCAUAUGCUGCCCCACCACAGGCUGAGCAGGUCUAUUCACAGAAAAUUUCAUCAAAAACUUCAUCAUUCAUGUCUAUGAAGAGUGAAUCAAAAACUGCAGUGCUUGAGGAAAAACUUGAUCGCAAACCUCUCCAGCCACUCAUCAUGCCAGAGCCUCUAUCCUCUGAGCCUCCCAGUGGUGAUGAGUCAGUGAGGCCUCCCAAGCCCCCAGAGAAGGAUGAUGGCAGAGAAUCCAGAAAGCCAAGGAGAAAGCGAGAGUCUGUGAUUCAGAUUGCCAAGAGACUAGAAGAAAACAUUGUCCCCAUGUCUCCUGAUGAAGUGCCAGGAGGCAUUCGCAUGUUCCCAAGCCCCAAGCAGCCCUCCACACCUGUCCCCACCACUCCCACCAAGGAGGUCAUUGAGCCAGUGACAAUUGUAGAAACAACUUCCCUUGAGAAAUUCCCACAACUUGAGCCUUUCCCCUUCACUGUUGAGGAGAAGCCAAGACAGGAACGUCCCAAGAGUCUGCCUCCACCAAAGCCAAGCAAGUUCAUCCCUGGUGCUUUCACAGACAGUGAGUAUGAAAGUGACAUGGAGCCUGAGCACCGCUUCAAAUUCAAGAAGAUCAAGUUUGAGGUCCCUGAGCGUGCUCCACGUUCCCAGUCAGCUGGCAAGGAGCCCCUGCCACCAUCUGCCUUUGACACGCCACCGGUCAUUGAUUCUCUCAGACCUGCUAUUCCUAAAGAAGAGGAAAAACCUGUCAUUAAGAAAGAGGAGCCUAAGCCCAAACCAACCUUUGCACCAAAGAAGUCAAAAAUUGUUCAGAAGUUCUUGACAUCAGCUGGUGAGUCAGCAGAGAAAGAAGUUGUGAAACCUAUCCCUAAGAAGCCCAAGGUACAGGAGACAGUAUCUGUACAACCCACAGUCCAGGUAAAGGAACAAGUUGUAAAGACAGAGAUUGUGCACAAACCAGAGAAGCUUGUGAAGGUCUGGCCUCCAAAACAAGAGCAAGCAGAAACAAAGCAGACAUCAGUGACAUCCUCCUUUGAGACAAGGACACAGAUAACCUCAGUGAGUCACCACACCCAGGUGAGCAAAGUCUCCUCGAUGCAGCAGCAGUCCAUGCCAGAGCCUGUGGUGUUGGUGCCAGAGCCAGCACCAGAGUAUGUUGUGCCACCACCUCCAGAGCCAGUGGUGGAACUGCAGCCAGAACCCGAACCAGUGUAUGAAGUCAUCCCAGAACCACAGCCAGUACUAGAGCCUGUCCCAGAACCAGAACCACCAUUUGAACUGAAGCCAGCACCACCACCUGUGUAUGAAACUAUACCAGAGCCUGCACCAGUGGUACAGCCUAAACCAAUCCCCAAAUUCAAGCCAGUACAAGCUCCACUAGCCAGACCCAGUCCUGCUAAACCAUCUGCUCCUGCACCACCACCACCCUUUGACUUGGCUCCUCCAGUGCCACAGCCUGUCAUUGUUCCAACACAAGCAUCUGUGAGCCAGAAAGUGGAACAAGUGAGUUCCACCAAGAAGGUUGAGAGUACAGUCAGCAGCUCUAUGACUAAAUCAUUUAAGGUGCAGAAACAGACACGUGCUUGGCCACCUGCACCACAGGAAGAGGCAGUAACUGCUGCUCCCAUGAUCAAGACACGCUCCCUCUCUGCUGAACGUCCCCGUGUCACAGAACCUGUUGUCCUUCCUCCGUGGUCCCAGGAAGCACCAGCAAUCUACUGGACCAGCAGUGUCAAGCUGGAGGAAAAGACAAAGCCAUGGACUCCACCAACAGCUGUGACAGAAUCCAUUCAGAAGACCACCAAAGAGGAAACAACACACUUUUCAAAACAGAUGUCUGAAACAAUGAGGAAAGAAGUCAAGACACAACAGUUUGUCAGAGAGUUACCAAAGAUCAAACCAAAGAAGGAAAUCCAAGUAGCAGCACCGCCUCCCCCACCCCCUGUGGAAGCCGUGGUGGGUCCCCCCAUCCCAAUGCCAUCACUUGAACCUUUCCCCUUCAAAGUUUCCCCAGAGAGGGAGAGGAAGCCAAGAGGUGCUCCACCACCCAUGCCUAAGAAGUUUGUUCCAGGUUCAUUCACUGAAAGUGAGUAUGAGAGUGACUAUGACUCAAAAUCAGAAUUUUCUAGGUUGUAUAUGAGUGAUAGUGAGACAUCUGGUUUUAGACCCAUGAACCUCAAGAUGAAGAAGGGCAGGACGCGAAGGCCCAAGCAAGCCUCUCCUCCUGCACCGACCACAUUUGGUCCUCCUCCUCCUUUCGAGGUCAAGCCAAUGUGUGUCAGCUUUUCAGACAUUGAGUCAGAUUUUCUCACUUCUAGGGAGUCGACUCCAAUUCCAGAAAGCAAAGUUAUUCAAACCAUUUCUGAAAGCAAAGUUGUUCAGAGACCAGCAGUACAUGAUCUGAAAACCCUGGCAUCUGAGAUUCUGCCUGAAAACAAGCCCAUAAGGAUAGCUCAGUCAUCCACUAAACAGACUGCAGUCACUGUCACUUCUAAGCCAGCACCAAUUAUGACUCCAAGAGCAGCACCCCCAGCCCCUGUGGUGGUUCCUCAGCCUGAGCCUCCUGCUCCAUUACUGACAUCUGCCACUUCUGAAACUGUCACUAAGAAGGAAGUCAAGGAGGUCACUUCAGAGUCACAGGUUCAGAUGGUUGAGAAGCAAGAGAAGGGGGUAAGAGAAAUAAAGAAAAGAUUUGAUGUUAGUGGCCCACCUCCCAUGCCACAAGGAAUCACUGCCUCUGUGGUCAGGAUGCAGUCCCCAUCUCCAGUGCGACCUGAACCUGCUGGCAUAAAGUUUGCUGCUCCCACAGGAGUCUCCCCAGUCCAGCCUCCUGCCCCCAAGCCUGCCCCUGCACCAAGUGCUGCUGUGGUUACUAAUAUUCCUGUUGUUCAAGAAUUCAGCUCUGUAGAGAAGACGUCAAGCUCAAGCACCACCAGGACAAAACCCACAUCUCCCAAAGCAAAGAAGAAGACAGAGGCAACUCAGAUGGUUGUUCAGGAGAUGGAGGAGAGCGGCUAUGCUGCAGACACUGAGGGGACACUGCCUCGCCGCUCUGCCAAGACUGCUCAGUCCAUGAGUUCAAGUUUCUCUUCUAACACGUCCUUUGUUAAGAGUGAAUCUUUCAUGUCAUCAUCAUUUUCAAGUGAAUCCAAAAGCUUCUCAAGCUCUCAGACUGGCAACAUGGAAGCCUCAUCCUUUCCCAUGGGCUCUGGUUUCCCCUCCAGCAAUGGCUUGGCCACUGACUCCUUCCCCUUCCCCACCCAUACCCCUCCUGUAGGCCAGACUACACAAUUCUCCAGUUCAUGCAAGUCUUCAGAGAGUAAAUCUUCCCAGAUGUUUAGCAGCAGGUCAGAGGAAACUCGUGAGGAGAGACGAGGAGGUGAACAUCCCAAGACCAAGGCAGCGCCUCCCCCACAGCAAGAGAAGAAGCCAAAAUUUGAGGAGUUUAGAAGAGAGAGUCAUGGAAAACCUGGAUCAUCAGGACCCUUCUCUGAAGACACCUUCUAUUCCAUGAGGGAUGAGAGUGAUGAGGUCACUGAUGGUACCAGGACCAAGAAGAAAGUGGAGUUUCAGACUGAAACUCAUGUUGAAGUAAUGUCAGAUAAGAAGGUUGAAGUUUUUGAGACCUCAAGUGUAAAUGUGACCCCUCAGCCAGCCAAGAAGCAGACCUUCAGGCAGGAACAGAAAGUGGAACAAAAAAUAAGGACUGAACCCAAGGUUGAUAAGACACAUCACAUUUCAAGAAUUACUAAACAUGUUAGAGAAACUCCCAAACAAGUCCCCAGAGACACCUCAUCAGAAACAUCAAAAAUAAAAAUUGAAGUAAUUGAUAAAGAAUCACACAAAGCAAAAAUGGCCACUCAGGUCAAGGCUGCACCCAAGCCAAAGCCUGAGGAGGUAAGUCAGCUUGCCAGCAGACCCCAGGUGAAGUUUGAGAAGAAACCACAAGUUACUGUUAUAAAAGAACCUAAAGUUGAGGUGCACCCCAAAGUCCCCAUUGUGGAGCCACUCAAGUCAACAGGACUGGUGAAGCUGGCUGUCACCAGGCAAGAGGAAAAGAAGGAAGAGCUUAAUCUGAAGCCUUUUCCAUUUAAGCCUGACCCUGAGAAACCAAAAAAACCAAGAGGACCUCCGCCUUCCAAGCCAAGUAAAUUUGUGAAAGGAGAAUUUCUUGAAAGUGACUACGAAAGUGAUUAUGAAGGGCGUCCUGUCCCGAAAUGGAAGCCAGCAGACAGUGAUGGGGAGGACCAGAUUUAUGGGACAGUCAGGGCACCUCAUGACAAACCCAAGAUACACCGGCACCAUGUGAGGACACCCACACCCCCGACUGUCUUUGAUAAACCUCCUGAGUAUGAGGGACCACCAAGACCCAAGAUUGACUUCCCUGAGUCAGAACCAGAAGUGGAAAGAGAAAUAACCCCAGAGGUAAUUAUCCCAGAUAAAGUUGAGGAUGUCAAACCUCUUCCUAAAAUUGUGCCAAAGGAAGGAAAGAUUUUUAAGUCACAGCCAAAGAGAGCCGAGCCUCCACCAAGAAGGUCGCCCUCACCGGUCCUGACACCUGGCUCUCCUCCAGUGGAAGGAUAUGCACCACCACCAAAGCGACAGCCACCACCACCACAGGAACAGCCAGCACCACCACAGCCACAGCCACAACCUUCCCGUUUCUCUAAUGCCGUUGGAGUGGAGUCAACCAAGAUCACAAAAAUAGCAGAUUCAAGUCAACACCACCAGCGUUUUGUGACGAUGCAACAGACAACACGUGUCAUCAAAUUCUCCGACAGCAGAACUGGAACUUCCACCACUGAGACUCAGGAAAUAAAGGUUCCACAAGAAAAACCGAAGGUGGUUGUGAGAGAGGAACAUAAAGAGAAACCUCUCCCACCACUCGAACCUUUCCCUUUCACUCCUGAGCCAGAUCGGCAGAAGAAACCCCGAGGAGCACCACCUCCAAUGCCCAAGAAGUUUAGGAAAGGCGAGUUUACAGAAAGUGACUAUGACAGUGACUAUGAAGGACGAGUAAGACCUAAGUGGCAGCCCCUGGACAGCGACACAGAGGAUCCAUCCUAUGCCAGAGUGAAGCCUCAGCUGCACUCUGACCGAAUCCCAUCAAAGUCUAGAGAGCGAAUUCCUACUCCACCAACCCAGUUUGACACUCCCCCUGAGGCAGGUGGACCUUGGCGGCCAAAGGUUGAGGUGCCGCCACCUCCUCCGCCUGUUGUUGUGAGAGAGCCAAGCCCUGAGCUGGUAAUUCCCAAGGAACCUCCAAAGAAAAUUGAAACUGUAAAGAAAGUAGCUAAAGUAGCUAAAAAGGUAGUGAAGGUUGAGGAGAGGGCCCCAUCACCCCCUCUUCCCCCACCUGGCACUCCCCCAGAGAUUGGAGUGAUUGAGGAAAGGACAGAAUAUGUUGUGGACAGAGUGGACCUAAAAUCAAGGGUCAUUCCUCCUCCAAUGCAGGAAGUACAGACAUAUGAGGAGAAGCCAUUCACUAAGGUGUUGGAAAGAACUGAGAAGACCAUUACCAGGAUGAAAAUGGAGGAAGAACUGCGCAUGAAGAAAGAAAAGAAGGAAAUAAAAAAGACAACUGUCACUGAAUAUGAACCAAUUUCCAUGCCCCAGCCUGUCCAGCCACAAGUAACAAAAGUUGUGGAAAAACAACUGGAGCUGGAGCCAUUCCCAUUUGAGCCAGAGCCUUCAAAGCCGAGGCGGGAGCGAGGACCACCUCCACCCAAACCAAAGAAAUUUGUGAAGGGUGAGUUCAGGGAGAGUGACUAUGACAGUGACUUUGAGAGCAGGAUGCGACCCAAGUGGAAACCAGCAGACAGUGAUGUGGAGGACCCUGAGUACACCCCUGUCAGGCCUCCCCCAUCCUCAGACAGGCGUCCCUCCAGGAGCAAGGAACGCACCCCCACACCCCCAACACAGUUUGAGGUUCCUCCUUCUGGCGGCGGACCACUGCGCCCAACUAUCGAGCCCAUUGAGAGGCCGGUGCUGGAGGUGAAGGAACCAUCACCUGAGGUUGUCAUACUAAAGAUAACUGAAAAGCCACUGCCCAAAACUAAAAAGGUUGUGCCCAAGGCUCCUUCUAUCAGGCAGCAAGAGCCACCACCACCACCACCACCCAGGUCCCCCACACCCCCCCUGCCUGAGCCAGAACCCCAGCCUGAGAUAGGCUAUGCACCUGCACACACCAAGCAUGUCUAUGAGGAGAAAGAAGAUGUGCACAUCAAGAUGAUCAAGAAGAAAAUAGAAUCCAAGAAAGGUGUGCAGAUUGACAUUGAUAUCACAGAUGUGUAUGACCUCAUCUCUGAGUCUGAGCAAGAAAAGACUGAGCCAGAGACCAGCAAGGCCAAGCCAUUCCCCAAACUGGAACCUUUCCCUUACACACCAGAGCCUGGCAGACCAAAACGCAUGCGAGGUCCCCCUCCACCCCAGCCCAAGAAGUUCCUGAAGGGGGAGUUCAGAGGCAGUGACUAUGAAAGUGACUACGACUCUCACAUUGCCCCCAAGUGGGUGCCUCCCGACAGUGAGGGGGAGGAAUUUGCUUACCGUCGUGUCGCCCCGCCUGCUUCGGAGACAGCCAGGCAUCGGGAGGAAUCUUCUACCAAGGAGCCAUCUCCACCCUCCAAGUUUGACCAGCCGCCACAAUUUGAGGGUCCCCCAAGGCCAGUGGUGGACCUUUCAGACCUGCCCCGGAGGGAGAGGAGAGAGUCCUUGGAGGAGUACUCCAUUCCAAGAUUCCCCAAGGUGGAAUUCAAACCAUUUGAUCUUGAGGACGAGCAAGUGAGGCAGCCCAAGGGAGCUGUGACCACCGACACAGAGACUGAGUCAGAGUUCCAACAAACAGACAUUGACAAGAAAUACGUCAAGUCUGCUCAAAAGGUUGUGAGCCACCAGUUUGAGGACAUGACUCAAACAUUCCGUCACAAAGCGCAGAAGUUUGCCGAGCAACUGGUGACUGAAGUGUUUGCUGCCAGGGAGGGCUCAGUGCCUGCUGAGCCAGCUGGUGAACCUCCAUCCCUUCCUGAGGAGCUCAAAACACAACCACCCACAUCGGAAGCUCCCCCCAAGCUGACCACCACCGAGGACCUGUCCUCCCUUCAGGAGCCUCAGGCGUACCGAGACGAAUCUAGAGUCUCGGAGUUCGGCACGAAACACAUUGAUCCGGACACAGGUCUAAUCUACUUCAAAUAUGACUUUGGCUAUGAGUUUGGCGUCAUCCUGCCUGGAGAGGCUAAGAAAAUUGACAAGAAGAGUCAGAUGAAUGGGGACCACAGCAGUGACAUGCCCAUCCCCAUCAUACAUGAGAAGACAGAUGCCUCAAAGAAAACAGAGAAGCAGACUCCACAAGCAAAUGGUCACGUCCAACACCUAGAGACCACCCACGGCCGGGAGCACUCAGCCGCCCUCAGUGAUGCCAUGCCAAAGGGGUCUUCAGCUCUAGGGUCGGGCACAGACCACCUCUCCCCACACCCAUCCCAGCAGUCGGACAUCUCGGAGACAGACCGUGAGUAUCAGCAGUACAUGGGCAAGAUGAUUCCAGAGUUUGUCCCCAAGAAGCAAGCUCAGUUCCGUCCCAUCUCUGGCGACCCAUACUCAGACAGCGAGGUCGAGUCUGACCAUCCGAGUCCGGCUAAGACCUCAGAAGCGAGUCCCAGUAUUCACUCGGGGCCAAAGAGAUUUAUUCCCCUGGUUCCUGGCGCAGCUGUCCAACCCAAGCCACUACCCCAGGGGGCACCUGCUGAUGCACUCUGCUCCACCUCAGCCCUGGGAGUGCUUGGGUCCCCCCUCAGCGCCACACCCCCCUCCACGCCCUCCACACCUUGCUCUGGCCCCCUUACACAGCCCACCAGGCCUCCUCAGUACAUCACGCCUCUACGAGACCUGUCCGUGGCAGCCGGCGAGGCACUGCGGCUGGAGUGCGUGGUGCAGGCCGAUCCUCCAGUGCAGGUUACAUGGGCCAAGGGCGGGGACAUCCUGCAGAACGGACCAGACUACCAGAUAGUUUACAGAAACGGCGUCUGUAGACUCAUCAUUCCCCAUGUGUUCCCAGAUGAUGAAGGUGUCUACUCAUGCACUGCUGUCAACCUGCUUGGGAUGGACACAACCAGUGCCACCGUCUGCAUCACAGGUGAGAAGAAGUAGCCUUCACGACAGGUUGAGUCUGCUGGGGGUUUCAACCAUCUCCUUUCACAGACUCCUUGGUGAUGGUGGUAGUGGUGGUGGUGGUGGUUUGUUGGAGUCUCUGUGGUCUCUUAGAAGGUUCCUUUCUGCCACCUCGCCUUGGCCGGGGCUCAGGUUUUAUACACUCAGUAGAAUCUGUGUAGAUAUCAGUUGACAACUUCCUUAGAAAUUUGGUGCUAAUGACUUUGUAAACAGUAUUGUGGAGUAGAGAAGAUCCGGCCAUGUGAUGAUCAUUGAGAAGUGGCUGAGGUGAUUCCUUAUGUAGACAGAGGUACUUAAUAAAGUUUAUUUGUAUUGUAAUUGUGAUGCAAUUUGUUUGAUGAUGUAGGUCACAGAUUGAGGACUUAAAAUAGAAUCUGUUCCCAAAACACUGCCUCUUGUAAAGCUGACAUGUAAGUUCCUGUCUGUGUAGUGUUUUGUAUCUAGUCAGUGCUCUUAUCAGCUGAGAGUAAUGUCUGUCUGUCCUAUCCAUAGUCCAGCUCUUAGGCAUCACUGUGAUCUUGUCCUGCCUAACUUUUAUUGGAAUUAUAAACACUCCUGCAUUAUUUGCGUGCUUGAAAUUAUAAAAGACUAAUUCAAGAGUAGACUUCUGAACUGAAAGGGAAAAAACAAAUAAUAAUUUUGAGCUGCUUCUGUGCUGUGAACAUAUAUCUGUGUUGUACAUAAGUAUAUUUACUGCUGUGUCUUCCAUGCCUGUCAUACAAAGUGCCUUGAACACACUGCCAUUGGGCUUGUACUGGCCAAUGACCCUACAUCCCUGAGGCAGUCCUUCUUCUGCUCCUGCCUCUCCUCCAUUGUCUGUGCUCCUUACUUUAAAUCAAGCUUCACACUGCCCCUUGAUGCAUGUACAGCAUUGUAGACUGACUGCUGACCUCAAAUGUAUGUUGACAUUGUUCAUGUAUGGUCUCUCCUCACUUUCCCAUCAUGUGAAGCAUUGGGUAAUGUUCCCCUAAGUAUGAAAGCUCCUGCCAAUACCCUGCGUCAGUUAUUUCAGAACAGACGUUUCCAGCACUUUUAAGUUUUAUGGAUUGAUGAUUGACAAAUUGUGCCGCAUGUAUGUGUAAAGUACCGCGUCACUGUUAAGUUUCUGCUGUACAUAUGCUCUAUUUUCAGCUCCUUCCCACAUAGUGAUAAAUAACCCUGGUGAAGUAUGGCUAUUUUGAUCACAGGAAUUAAGUGAACUUAGGGUACUAAGAGAAAUUGAGUUUACAUGAUUUUGUAGUACAGUUCACAUAUCACUGUUGAAGAAGAAUGACCUUUCUUCCCUUUAGUCUCUUAGCCGACCCAUUGUGAACGUCAUGACAAGCCAGUGUAGCCUCAAAGGUGUCACAAGAUAUACAUUUAAGUAAUGAAGAUGAUUUUAUAUAUGAGAGGAAUAUUUUAACAAGUAAAUGACUUUGAAAACAUUUGUGCAGUUUUUAUCAUGUUAUUAUGAUAAAUUUGAGUCAAGUUCUCACUGUUUCUCGAUAACUGGGAGAGCCGCCUCCUUGCUGUUGUUUUUAGCUGCUUAGGCGACUGUCUGGCCUCCUUUCCUGGUGGCUUGAUUAAAUAAAACUAUUAAAUUUUA